AUGGCUUUAGAGUAUGAGUCUCUGAAUGAAAACGUGAAGAAGUGUCAGUAUGCUGUAAGAGGUGAACUCUAUCUCCGAGCUUCUGAGCUUCAGAAAGAAGGCAAAAAGAUUAUUUUCACAAACGUUGGGAACCCUCAUGCUUUAGGACAGAAGCCUCUCACAUUUCCUCGCCAGGUAUAUAGUAUACUUCAAUCUAUCCUUGAGAGGUUAGAUAUUAAAAACAAGAAUGAAUUGGUGCAGGUGGUUGCGCUCUGUCAAGCUCCGUUUCUACUAGAGGACCCGAACGUUGGAAUGAUAUUUCCAGCUGAUGCUAUUGCCAGAGCUAAGCAUUAUCUCUCCUUGACCUCAGGCGGUUUAGGUGCUUACAGUGACUCAAGAGGCAUUCCAGGAGUUAGGAAAGAGGUUGCUGAGUUCAUUCAAAGACGUGAUGGCUAUCCAAGUGAUCCAGAACUCAUAUUUCUCACUGAUGGAGCUAGCAAAGGUGUUAUGCAGAUCUUGAACUGUGUUAUACGCGGUGAGGGAGAUGGGAUUCUAGUUCCGGUUCCACAGUAUCCACUCUACUCAGCUACCAUCUCACUCUUAGGUGGUUCUCUUGUUCCUUACUAUCUCGAUGAGUCUGAAAACUGGGGUCUUGAUGUUAAUAACCUCCGACAAUCCGUUGCUCAGGCUCGUUCUCAAGGGAUAUCAGUAAGGGCAAUGGUGAUUAUUAACCCCGGGAACCCAACUGGGCAGUGUCUAAGUGAAGCUAACUUAAGGGAGAUAUUGCGGUUCUGUUAUAACGAGAAGUUGGUUCUUCUGGGAGAUGAGGUUUAUCAGCAGAACAUAUACCAAGAUGAACGCCCCUUUAUCAGCUCCAAGAAGGUUUUGAUGGAUAUGGGUUCGCCGUUCAGCAAAGAAGUCCAGCUUGUAUCUUUCCACACUGUCUCUAAAGGUUACUGGGGAGAGUGUGGACAGCGAGGUGGUUACUUUGAGAUGACCAACAUCCCUCCCAGGGUUGUUGAAGAGAUAUACAAGGUUGCAUCAAUCGCCCUCAGUCCCAAUGUCUCUGCGCAGAUCUUUAUGGGUUUGAUGGUUAGUCCUCCAAAGCCUGGAGACAUUUCAUAUGACCAGUUCGCCCGUGAAAGCAAGGGGAUUCUUGAAUCUUUGAGAAGAAGAGCAAAGAUUAUGACUGAUGGAUUCAACAGCUGCAAAAACGUUGUCUGCAAUUUCACUGAAGGUGCAAUGUAUUCGUUUCCUCAAAUAAAGUUACCACCAGGAGCUCUCCAAGCUGCUAAACAAGCAGGAAAAGUACCAGACGUUUUCUACUGUCUAAAGCUCUUAGAAGCCACAGGAAUCUCCACAGUGCCUGGCUCUGGAUUUGGACAGAAAGAAGGUGUGUUCCAUCUGAGGACAACAAUCUUGCCUGCAGAAGAAGAGAUGCCAGAGAUCAUGGACAGUUUCAAGAAGUUCAACGACGAGUUCAUGACUCAGUAUGAGAAUAACUUUGGUUAUUCCAGAAUGUGA